GUAAAAAAAAUUGCUAUUGAGUAAAAAGGUCCACACAAAUAUCUAGCUAGGUACUAUAAUCUACCUAACGAUAGUUAACUGGAAGCAAAUAGCACAUGAGUUAUAGCAGCACACCAUCCUGUGGACAGAAAUGAGCCAUACUACUCCAGAGGCAGUGGGUCUUGACCCUGCCGUGCUGAGAGACAAACUCUUCGAGCUAUGGAACCGGAAAGAUCUGCAGACGCUACAUUGGGUAGCCCUCCAGGGAUUUUCAAAGCUGUCUGAGCCCCUGGAAGCCUUGUUAACAAUCCUAGAGAGCUGUCCAGGCAAACAGAAGGGUCGCAGCCACACCCUUGGCCACCACAUCCUCAUGGAAUUUCAGACAUGGAUGAAGGAACAUCCACAGGUGACCCUUAGCUCACUCUCAGAGCAGCAAGCAAUGGCAGUCCAACAGCAGGCUCUGAGCUUACUAACAGAUACCCAGCCAAGCUUUGUAGACACUCUCAUAAACAUCUACCAACUCAGUUCCCUGGAUCCGGCUAUACUCCGACUGCAAAUUGUGAGGUUGCAGGCUCUUAACUGCUACAAAGAGGCAGCAGUGCUCAGCAUAAAGCUGCAGUUACAGAAAGAACUGAAUAUGGAGGAGAUGUGUGUACCACUAAUCAUGCAGAAUAAGUUGCCAAUGGCAGAGGCUUUUGUCACAGGCCACAAUCAUCUCGAACAACAACUGGUCGCACUGCUAGACUCGUGGUGCCACCCCAACUUCAGUGUGGAAGAAAUAAGCAAGCGGUUCCCUCGCCUCUCUCUGUCUAAACAGUGCAUGGGCCAGAUCCAGCCCAAAAUGCUCACCAAGCAAGUCUUCCGGCUCAUGGAGAAAUUCAACAUUGACCAAGGACUGUGUCCCAAUGCUCUGCACAAGAGGAGAUUGGACUCUUUGCGUUUUCUCAUGUACAAGAGGUUUGUGGAGAAAAGCAUGACAGAGGAGAACUGGAGUGACCAUGUACAGUACGUAUUGGCAGAUGACCUUGAGCUGCAGAUCCAGUUGGUGGAGAUGUUGGUCAAGUACUGUGGUCUUCAGAAAGCGUCUCAGUGGUCAUUGAGAUACAGCAUCCCCAGAAAUCGACUUCCCUAUGGUGUAUGGGAAACGCAGCAGAGUCUACCGCCUGAUCUACAACAGAUACAUUUGAGUGACUCAGCACAAACUGAGGAGUGGAUGCCGUCUCAGUCUCACUGUCAGAAAUACUACCAGGUGCCACUCACCAAAGACAAGGUUCAUUUUGUGGACACGCCGGAAGCUCUCCAGAGAUGUCGAAACAUUGUUCUAAAGGAAGGUGGUAUAGUAGGAGUUGACAUGGAGUGGCAGCCCACAUUUGGCUGUAUCUCAACCCAGCAAGUUGCCCUGAUACAGCUUGCAGUUUUUGACCAGGUUUUCUUGUUAGACCUCUGUGCCAACGGAUUCUGUCAACACCCAGACACUAUUAGUUUCAUCAGAAGCUUCUUCUCUGGGAGAAAUGUUCUUAAACUGGGCUAUGGUAUGUCAGGCGAUCUCAAGUGUCUCUUGGCCACCUGGCAACAGUUUUUAGAGGAGCCAUUGAAGAUGGAGGGGGUGCUUGAUCUUCUUAAUAUACACCAGAAGAUCCAGCGUGGUAAGGUCAAGAGGAUUCAAAAUGGACCUAAGGAGGUGCUGGUAGGAGAGGAUUCUGCAGAGAAAGGCCUCAGUCUGCUGGUACAACAAGUCCUGGGAAGGCCCCUGGACAAGACAGAGCAGAUGUCCAACUGGGAGAAACGGCCACUGCGCAUCAGCCAAAUUAGAUAUGCAGUGGCAGAUGCCUAUUGUUUGCUGGAUGUGUACUCCGUCCUCUCCAGCAACCCAGCAUACUUUGGGCUACCUGCUGACCUGUGCAGCAUCUCUUCAUGCCAAUCAGGGAAGAGUGGAGAAAAGAAGCAGAAGGAGAAACGGGCCCAUGGCAAAGAGGAAUGUCAGGGGGCUCAAAGGGUCAGUCCCCCUUGCUCUGACACAGAGAAAGGCCUCCUGUGUGGCGAGAAGCCUUCAGAAGACACCCCCCCUCUGCCCCCCCAGCAGUUACGGGUAGUGUGUGACAACAUGCUGCAGGGACUCGGGAGGUACCUGCGCUGUUUAGGAGUCGAUGUGGUCAUGUUGGAGAACACUGAUGAUCACAGAGUGGCAGGAAAGUUAGCACAAGCUGAAGGCCGUGUCAUACUCACCUGUGGGCAACCGUUCCAAACUUUACGGUCCCAGGUAGGUGAGGGUCGCUGUCUGUCCCUCGACUGUUCGGAAAAGGCCAGAGACCAGGCUGUUCGAGUCCUCAGACACUUCAAUGUCCAGCCCACUCCCAGUGAUAUAUUCAGCCGCUGCCAGGCUUGUAACAGCGAUCAGUAUGUGGCGAUACCCAGAGAGGACAUGGUCAAGAUGCUUAAUGAGAAAGGAUUUUUGCAGGACCAGGACAACACUGGCCACACACAACAACAGGAUGCGGAGAUAACCCCCAGUGUGACCCCUGACCUCCCCAGGUAUGCCCUUCAGUGUCAAUGGGCCCCCCUUUCACGUCUGGAUCCCGACACCCUGACCUUUCCCGGGGGCGCACCCAUACAGCUCCACACCGUGCCCCCCGGCCUCCUGCCAAGGAUACCGCUCUUCUACGUCUGCACCAGAUGUGGCAAGGUGUUCUGGGAAGGCUCUCACUUCGACCGUGUCCUUUCCAUGUUUCAAGAGGUCUUGCACAUAUCAGACACUGAAUCAGCGGCGGCAGCCAUUACAGUGGAUUAACAGAACUGACUGAUACAGAGCUACUACAGUUUAUCUGAAAAAACCCUGAUGAUUGUUUCAUAUUGAAUAAUUGUGUUUUUUAAUUUCAGUUUUAAUUGUUUUUUUUUGGUUUUUUUAAUAUGAUGGAUGACGGCUCUAUUUUCACAUCUUUUGUCAGCCCAGCGUUCUUUUCAGAUGUGUGAUGUUUAAACGGUUUAAAACACAGAGAACCAAAGAAUGUUGUGAAUUGAUGAAUUUUUGUUGUUGAUGGUACUGACGGUUAUACCAUGGCACAGUCAUGGUGAUUUAAUGUUCAGAUCCUAUUGAGAUUAUUUGAAAUGUAAUACGUUUAUUCUUCCAGACUGAUUUUACUCAGCAGGGAAUUAUAUCAUCCCAAGUAGGUGCGUCAAUGUUUUCUAGGGUCACGUUUUUGUGACACUUUUUUGUUGUUUUAAAAGCUGCUGUUAAAUAAUGACAGGGCUUCUUUUUUAGCAGUUUGUGGUACAAUCAUUCUCUGUGAUUGCAUUUGAAUAAUUAUUUAUCUGGAAGUUGAAUAAAAAGAAAUCCUCAAGA